UUGUUGCAUAUCCGUUGCUUUGACCGGGCAGCAAAACUGUGCAAAAUCCAGAAAUUCUUAAACCCUAAUUAAGUGGGACUGGAGGCUGCCGCAUCGGAGUGGAAGGCUCUCGGAAUUGCUUCAAUGGCGAAGAAACGAAAAGCCCCUUCUUCUCAACAGACUAAUGAAUCGAAGCCCAAGUUAAUUCGUGAAGAAGUUGUAGAGGAAGAAGAAGAGGAAACCUCUGAGGAAGAAGAGCAAGAAUCCGAAGAAGAAGAAGAAUCCGAAGCAGAGUCAUCUUCAGAGGAGGAGGAAUCAGAAUCCGAAGAUGAAGAAGAAGAGUCAUCUUCUUCUGAAGACGAAGCAAACGACGAAGCAUCAAAAAGAGAAACCCUUCGCGAAUUAUUGGAGCCCUUCGGGAAAGCCCAAAUCAUAGACCUUCUUAAGGAGGCGGCCGCAAAGGACCCGAAACUCCUAUCGAAAAUCGUGCAGGUGGCGGAUUCGGAUCCUACCCACCGGAAAAUAUUUGUACACGGUCUCGGUUGGGACGCCACUUCCGAGCAGCUUGUCCAGGCAUUCAAGCCCUUCGGUGAAAUUGAGGAGAGCAAGUUAAUUACUGACAAGAACACGGGCCGUGCCAAAGGCUACGCCUUUGUGUUGUUCAAAACGCGGGCUGCUGCCAGAAAGGCUCUAAAAGUUCCCCAGAAGAGGAUUGGAAGCAGGACUGUUUCGUGUCAGCUGGCGGCUGUUGGCCCGGCUGCUGCGACGGGAGCGACUGAGGGAGGCAGCCGGAAGAUUUAUGUGGGGAAUGUUGGGCCCCAUGUUAGUGCUGAGAAGCUAAAAGCAUUUUUCGGGAGGUUUGGGGAGAUUGAGGAAGGGCCGAUGGGGCUAGAUCCGGCUACUAAUAAGUUUAAAGGGUUUGCAAUUAUUACUUAUAAGUCACCAGAAGGGUAUAAAAAGGCAAUGGAGGAGCCGAUUAAGGUGUUUGAGAAUUGUCAAUUUCACUGCAAAAAGUUUGUGGAGAAAGACAACAAGAACAAUGUUUCUGUACAAAGUAGUGUCAGUAGUAUGAAUUCUGCUGUUACUGAUGUCAGUUACAAUAACUUGGGAGUGAAUACAGGGAUUUUGGGAACUAAUUUGAAUGCGAGUGGGCUUUUGAUGGCGCAUAAUCCUGGAAUUGGAUUGGCCGGGAAUGCAAUCAUGGCAGCAGGAUAUAAUCCAGCAGGUUUAGUGGCCUCCGGAUUGAGUACGCCAAUUGCGGGUAUGACUGGUAAUUAUGGAAUAAAUAGCAUGAGCCCUGGCGUGAUUGGGAACUAUGGAUCACAAGCAGCUUUGCAUGGCUUGGGAGCCUUCCAGAAUGCUCAAACGGGGCAAACCUCCAUGGGGACAGCAGCAACGGCAACUACAGCAACAAGGGCUCCAACAAGUGGAGUAUCCACACCAGCAACAUUUCCUUCCUAUUUCAGCCGCUAGGUUCAUGUCACUGUUCAACAACGCUAUUGAUCUGUACAACCACAUUGGGUUAGUUGAAUUGUUUCCAGGACAAACUGGAUAUCUAUGCUCUUGUUUUGUAUCACUACAGACGUCGCGCACAUCUUUUCUCUUUGUUUCUUUUCUUGCAACUUUCUCCUGUUCUUGUUUUGAGAGCAUGUACAUAUUAUUCAUAUAGUUUCAGAUGUCUGAAAACCUCGAGUUAACUCCACUGAUACUGGAAAAACGAUUUAUUAUCAUAAUCUGCCAAACUUAUACUAAAUUUCAAUUUUGUA